CUCCUCUCUCUCUCUCCCCACAAAACACAUAUUCUCUCUCUCUCUCUGCUUUCUUUUCUUGAAAUUCAAGAACUAAGAAAUGGCUCAAGAGGAGGCGCAGAAAUCAGCUGAUGUUGUGGUUGUCUCAACGGAGAAACCAAUGACUGAUAAGGAGGUUACGGUUCCUGCUCCAGUGCCUGAGAAGGAGGUGACUCCUCCUGUUGCUUCUGAGGAGAAGGAUGAGAAGGUGACCGUAGAGGCUGAGGCAGAGAAACCUGCUCCUGUGAAAGAAGAAGAAGAGACGGUUGUAGCUGAGAAAGUGGUUGUUCCUACCCCUGAGGAGCUUGAGAAGAAGGCGCUUGAGGAGUUCAAGGAGCUCGUGAGGGAGGCUUUGAACAAACGUGAAUUCACUGCUCCCGCGCCGACUCAGGUGAAAGAAGAGAAACCAGAGGAGAAGAAACCGGCGGAGGAAUCUAAAGAAGAAGAGAAAACAGAGGAGAAGAAGGAAGAAGAAGCCGUCAAGACCGAGGAGAAACCAUCAGAACCCGCGGCGGCGGCUCCGGCUGAGACCAAGCCGGAGGAGAAAGAAGCUGUGCCAGUAACCACCGAGAAAGCCUCUGGUGCUGAAGAAGACGGAACCAAGACCGUGGAAGCAAUCGAAGAGUCCAUCGUCUCCGUCACUCCUCAAGAAUCCGCCGCACCUGUCGUCGUAGAGACCACCGUCGUGGUCGCCGAGGCGGAGCCUGUGGAGCCAGAGGAAGUCUCCAUAUACGGAGUUCCCCUCCUCCAAGACGAGAGAUCCGACGUGAUCCUCCUGAAGUUCCUCCGGGCGAGAGACUUCAAGGUCAAGGAAGCCUUGACGAUGCUGAAAAACACAGUCCAGUGGCGCAAGGAAAACAAAAUCGACGAGCUCGUCGUCGAAGCCGCGGGAGAAGAGGCCAGCGAGUUCGAGAAGAUGGUGUUCGCUCACGGCGUGGACAAGGAAGGUCACGUCGUGAUCUACAGCUCAUACGGGGAGUUUCAGAACAAGGAGCUAUUCUCCGACAAGGAGAAGCUUAACAAGUUCCUUAACUGGAGGAUUCAGCUACAAGAGAAGUGUGUGAGAGCUCUUGAUUUCAGCAGCCCUGACGCUAAAUCUUCGUUCGUGUUCGUCAGUGACUUCAGGAACGCUCCUGGACUCGGCAAGAGAGCCCUGUGGCAGUUCAUCAGACGUGCCGUCAAGCAGUUCGAAGACAACUAUCCCGAGUUCGCCACUAGAGAGUUGUUCAUUAAUGUCCCAUGGUGGUACAUUCCUUAUUACAAAACAUUCGGAUCUAUCAUCACAUCGCCAAGGACUAGAAGCAAGAUGGUCCUUGCUGGUCCAUCCAAGUCUGUUGACACCAUUUUCAAAUACAUCUCUCCUGAACAAGUCCCGGUUAAGUAUGGCGGACUUAGCAAUGAUCUUUCUUUAACCACUGGCGACACUGUCACCGAAGCCAUUGUUAAACCAGCAGCUAAAUACACCAUAGAGUUGCCUGCUUCUGAGGCUUGCACACUCUCGUGGGAGCUUAGGGUUUUGGGUGCAGAUGUGAGCUAUGGGGCUCAGUUUGAACCGACCGCAGAGGGAAGCUAUGUUGUGAUUGUUUCUAAAAACCGUAAGAUUGGGUUAACUGAUGAGCCGGUGAUAACCGAUUCAUUUAAGGUGGGUGAACCAGGGAAAAUUGUGAUCACAAUCGAUAACCAGACUUCCAAGAAGAAGAAAGUGCUUUACAGGUUCAAAACGCAACCAAGGUCUGAUCUUUGAAAUCAUAUCCGAGACCAUAUAUCACUUGCCACAACCCAAAUCUAACGAGGAAGUUUUUUGGGAGAACAAAUUUUUAAUUAAUUUAAUUAGUUUCUUAUUUGAUAUGUAAUUUUGAAAUCUCAAAGCUGGUUGUGUGUUUGCUGGAAUUGUUUGCUUUGUUUUCAGUAUUGGGAUUGUUUUGAGUGUGGAGAAUAUGUGAUUAAAAUCCAAAAGCAAAAGAAAAAUAAACUUUGUUUCAUUA